UGGGCGGAGCGGCGGGGCGGGGAGCGGCGCGGCGCGGCGCGGCGGGGAGCGCGCCCGCAGAGAGCCGCGCUCAGCGCCCGCUCGGCAGCGCCUCCCGCCGCCGCGGCACCAUGUGGCAGCCAGCCACGGAGCGGCUGCAGCUUUGAGGUUUCAUGCAACUCCUUGUGCCUCCCCUUCACAAACCUGCAGUUUCUGGCCCGGUGAUGGAACUCACACUUCCAAGGACUUACCCCACUGAGAAGACUUGGGAUUUUGUUUUCUUCAACAACUAUCACGGACAGAGUUCAGAUCGCUUCCUUGGGGGUGUCCAGUGGGGCUGCCUGGGGCAGGAAAUAGCCCCAUCAGAAAUACUGGGCUUGCUGCAGGGUUUGCAGAGGCAAAGGGCAGCCUUUCUGUUCAUCACGGCAAGCCUGGGACACGUCUCUAAAUGAUCGAGAUGACUGCCUUUUGUAACCAAGGGUGAUGGAAAGCCCUGGCACUUCAGCACAGUGAAAAAUAUUCACUGAAGUUCUAGUUAGUCACUGCUUAACUGUUCCUUUCCUGAAGCCGCGCUCCUACAUCCUUCUCAGAUUUAAAAUGCUGACAAGUUUCAGGCUUCAGAAGUAGUGGAGCUCAUCUCCCCUAAGGAAAGUCACUUUUGAAGAGAUUGCGAGCUGCAAGUGCUAGCUGAAAUGAGUUACAGCAAGAACUUCACCUGGAAAGAGACAUUCCAGAGCUGCAGUUUAGCGAUUUCACCCCUGUGGCUGGACAAGCUCCCACUCGUUUUCUGAGUCUGGAAUGGGCUUCAGCAGCACUUUCAGACCAUGUUAAAGACUAAGUUGAAUGUCCUAACGCUUCGGAAAGAGCCUCUCCCGACAGUGAUCUUCCACGAACCAGAAGCCAUUGAGCUGUGCACCACAACUCCCCUCAUGAAGACCCGGACUCACACUGGAUGCAAGGUUAUAUAUUUGGGUAAGGUUUCCACAACAGGGAUGCAAUUUUUGUCAGGCUGCACAGAGAAACCAGUCAUUGAAUUAUGGAAGAAGCACACGCUCGCCAGGGAGGAUAUUUACCCAGCUAAUGCCCUUCUGGAAAUUCGCCCUUUUCAAGUCUGGCUGCAUCAUCUGGACCUCAAAGGUGAGGCGACAGUCCACAUGGAUACCUUUCAGGUAGCACGUAUAGCCUACUGCACUGCUGACCACAAUGUCAGCCCAAACAUCUUUGCUUGGGUCUAUCGGGAGAUCAACGAUGACUUGUCCUACCAGAUGGACUGCCAUGCUGUAGAGUGUGAGAGCAAGCUGGAGGCUAAGAAGCUGGCCCAUGCCAUGAUGGAGGCCUUUAAGAAGACUUUUCACAGCAUGAAAAGCGAUGGCCGGAUCCACAGGACCAGCUUGUCAGAGGAAGUGUCUCAUGAAUUUGAAUCUGAUGAUGGCUGACUGGAAUCAUUCACGGAUCAGCAAAGGCAGAAGUGGCCUAGGGAAUGAGAGCUGAUAGAAGAAUAAGCAACAAUUGAAAUUGGGGAAUGAAAGGACUGCCAAACACUUGUCUGACCAGCUUUUUAAAUCAAAAGAGCAAUUCAGUACCUACAGAUAUGCAUCAUUAAAGUAAUUACAUUACAUUGAAAUCUGCUGCUAUUGUAAAAGUGAGGAAAAAAAGCUCUCUCCCUCAUCUUUCUCACCCACCCAUCACUACCCCUUUCUUGUCUCUGUAGUUCAGGUGCAUCCCAUUAAGUAGAGUCAUUCCUAUUUGUCCUGUAAGACUGGUCAGGCAAUUUUAUUAGUUGCUCCUCUGACAUUCCUAGCUGGGGGCUGAUGCUGAUGCACAAAAGCAAGUAGCCCUGGAAAGCCCUAAUGGUUCCUGAAGAAUCUUUCACCGUGAUGCAUCACAAAAAUCCUUUGACAUACAUAGGCUAAGACAGCCAUACAUAGCCUUUUAGACUAAUGGCCUGGCAUUCUGCAGUUAAUUCACAUUUCACAGAUAGUAAAUGAAAGAAGAUGCUUGUAUGUACACAUUAUAUCAUAUGCUAUCCUUUAUUUUAUUCAUUGUACCUAUUUUCUUAAUAUACCUGCUGCCAUGUCUUUCACCCAACACCAGUAGUUGCAGUUUCAGACUUAUAUACUGCAGGAUACCAAAAAGGGGCAGGCAGAAAUACUCCGUGAUGGCUAGGGGUACAGCGAGCCAGCACCGCUAUCUGUGCAUUUUCCAACCCUGAUGGGCUCCGCAGGAGGGGGACCCACUGGUAAGAGUUGAGGGACACUUGGGUCUGCCAGUGUUUGAACUGUGACUUCUCAUCAACCUCAGGUCUGAAGUGAUAUGAGCAUGGUAGCCUCAACUCCAUGUUACCAGUCUCUGCAUUGCUGGUCAGGUGGCCCUGGUGGGGGGAUGGAGCUGGUAGUGCCUCGUCACACAGUCAGGGCUGCGUUACUGUAAAGAUCAAAGGAAACAGUUCCUUAGGAGUCAGGUUUGAACAUCUGUUCUGAUUGAGAAGCUCGUGUUAAGAUUCCCGUAUCUUUCCUUGUUCACAGAUAUACAGUCAUGCCUUUCUUAAAUGCAGAUGUUUAAUAAAACUCAAAUAAAAGGAAAAACUUGUUUCACUUCAUAUUUUUUAAGGCCAAGAGCAGAUCAAUAGUUUGCAAGCAAUGCUGCUCCUUUAUAUGGUUUUGUUCAUAGUUAUGGUAAUGUUAGGGGCACUAGGGCACCUUACAGAAGCCUUAAAAGAAAGCUAAUCAAAGCAGAUAGAUCUAUGUCUGUUUUGUGGGUCUAAUAUGUUUGUAUGUGAGUGUAUGUGUGAGUCCAGUGUUAUAGCAUGUAGACUGAGCAUGGAGACACAUUGAGGAGGGCCCACACCUCUUGAAAAUAUGCUUGUUGCUUUACAAUGUAUGUAAACUCUUCUCCAGCAUAAAUGCAUUCAUACUUUAAUAAAAAAAAAUGUUUUCUGUUAAA